UCUCAAAUACAGAACCAGAAAACCAUUUCAUCUUCAUUUCUUGAGAUGCAGUCUGAUACCAUGACUGAAAAAAUCUAGUGACCAUAUAGUGUGUUAAAGGGACCUUCAGUUUAUUUAGAAUAAAUUUGUGUUGGCUGGGAUGGUUGACUAAAUCUGGAGAGUUUUAAGAGUUUUGGCUGCUGUUGUCCUGCCUUGUGCAUGUUUACAGAAAAAUGGCUGAAGCCAGUAUUUCAUGGGCUGAGGAUCAGGUCAUCUGUAAAAUCUGUCUAGAUCUACUGAAGGAUCCAGUGACCAUUUCCUGUGGACACAGCUACUGUAUGAGGUGUAUUACAGGUUACUUGGAUCACGAUGAUCAGAAGAGAGUCUACAGCUGCCCUCAGUGCAGACAAACCUUCACUCCAACCCCUGUGUUAAGUAAAGACACGAGGACUGAAAAACAGAAAAAAGAAAAAGGACCUACUUAUCACAUAUGCAUGGCAGCUUCUUGUGAUCUGGACUAUGGUGAAACUGAAGAGUUCGAUGGUUACAUUUCAGAUUUACAACCUAGACCUACAAGAGAUGACCUACAAAGACAGGUGAUGAAAAUAUAUGGAAGAGAACAGUGCAACAUGGUUUGUUGGUACAAGUCUUCAGUCAUUGACAAGUCCAAGUUUGUGGCAGAGUGUAAUCUUGAUGAAAGUGUGGAUCUGGCCGCCUGUUACAUUGAACCAGUGAUCAUUCAGAAGAGCAAAGAGAAGACUGAGAAAUACUAUCGUGGAGAUGGGAGGUCUGUGGAUGCUUCAUCUCAUCUGUUAUCAAAUGACAAGAAUCACAGCAUCAGAAUAGACCAGCUGUUCAGUCCUGACACUGAUGGAAACACACAGAAAACUGUGAUUCUCAGUGGAGAUUCUGGAAGAGGGAAAUCCUUCACACCACAGAAGAUCAUGUUGGACUGGGCUUCUGGAGAACUUUACUCUGAAAAAUUUGAUGUAGUUUUUCUUCUGAAGUUUGAAGAGCUGAAGUGUAUUUCUGAGGAGAUGAGCUUAUUUGAGCUUUUGAGCUGGAGUUGGAGCUUAAAAUCAUAUCAGAUCUCACAGAUACUGGAGUCAACAACACCAGAGAAAGUCCUCUUCCUCAUUGAUGGAAUUGAUGAAUAUGUAUCUCACCCACCCAGUCAUUUCAUGUUACUACACACUAAUCCAUCCAAAAGAGCCCGACCCAUGGACAUUCUUACGAACCUGUUGAUGGGAAUCUUGCUACCUGAGUCAUUCAUUAUUGUCACCACAAGAUCUCUAGCUGCUGAUGCAGUGAUGAACCUCCUCAAGGGUCCUCAGCGUUUCACUGAGAUUAUGGGCUUCUCUGAGAGAGGGGUGCAGGAGUACUUCCAGAAGUUCUUUCAGGAUGAACAGCUCUUCAGGAAAAUGUAUGAGAGAGUGAAGAUAAAUGAAAGCCUCCUGACUGCCUGCUCUGUGCCUUUGCUGUGUUGGAUGGUCUGUUUUUGUCUGAAGAAACACUUAACAGAUGAUGAUCGUGUGAUGAGAGAACUAAAGACGAACACCUCCAUAUAUGUGCACUUUGUGUCCACUCUACUGGAGCAGCAUGACCAGAGUCAGUCUGUCCUCACCAUGCUGAGGAGUCUGGGUCAGCUGGCAGAGGAGGGAUACAAAAUCAACAAGUUUUUUUUUGAUGAAAAGAGUUUAGCUAAGACUGGCUUACAUCCAGCUAAAACUUUGUUCUUGUAUAAAGAUGACCUUAGAAGACAAGAAAAACAUGAACCAGUUUAUAAGUUUAUCCAUUUCAGCUUUCAGCAGUUCUUCGCUGCGCUUUAUUAUGUAUUGUUAGAUGAAGAAGUGUCCUGGUGGAAAGUCAGGGAGCUGUUUAAAUUGAUGGAAUCAGAAGCUUUAAUUUGCUGGUCAUCUCCUCUUUUGAGAGGUAGACUAUCAAAUCCCAUCCCUUCAGUCAUGAUGUUUCUCUGUGGUCUCUUAAAUGAGAAAGUGAGCAGCUCAAUCUUUCAAAAGAUCAGGUUAACGGUUCCUCACACCAUGAAACUGAAAAAAAGGGAACUAAAGAAAAAGCUGAUGAAAAGGAUUCCUGCAAUGACACGGCAGUAUGGAUUUGAGUUAUUUGCUCUCCACUGUCUGUAUGAGCUUCAAGUUGUCAUGAAAGCUCUUAAAACACACAAUGUCAUGAACCUGUCUCACGUUUCCCUGAAGAGCACAGACUGUUGUGUGCUGCUGUACUGUCUUCAGUGCUGUUCAAACAUCAGAUACCUGAACCUCAUGUACUGUAAUUUAACAGCUGAGAAACUCAAGAUUCUUCAGCCAGCGCUCUGUAUAUGUGAGAAUCUGAGGUUUUCAGUAAAGCACCUAUCAGAAGUUGGAGAUUUGAUCCAGGUUCUUGGUAAAUCUAAGUUCUUAAAAAAAAUAAGCUGUGCUGGUGACAUCACUCUCCAGUAUCGUGCAGUGGAUGGAGGUUUCCUCAGUGAAGAGCUGGAGAGGCUUCAGUGUGAGAGAAUUGGUCCUGUGAUUGAUGUGACAGUGAUCUCAGGGAAACUGGAGGAGGCCCAUCUACCUCAUUACACCUGUUUAUCAGAGUCAGACCCCUCUCUCACACAAAGUGUAAAGGUCCUCAAUAUUGAAGAUGAAGGAAUAUCCUUGGAAUCAGUGGAGCUGACUCGUUUUCAUGCCAAAAUACUUAAACCAUCUUUUUCUCCUAAAACGAUGCUUAUGAAACUAGGGAUAUCAGUAAAAGUGCACUGUGAUCUACUGAUCUUCAUGACACAAAAGAACCCCGUCAUUCUCCAUGUGUAUUUUUUCCCAUCAGAUUUACUUUUUAAAGAAAAAAUUAAAACAGAGGAAAAACUGAGUCAUCCAAUCAAGUGUUCAAGACCUGAAACUCCACUGCGGAUGAUGAAACAACACAGUCUUGAUGUUCCUGGAGCUUCUGUCCAACCUGAAGCAAUCAAAUUAAGAGGUGACAUCGAGCCAAACUUCUUUCAGGUCAAACAUCCUGUGGUCAAUGACAUCAAAAUGUCACUCAGCCAAGUUAAUGAUCAGAAAUCAGUUUGGACUGCAACAGUUUGGAAAGAAUUAAUCAACAUGCAUCCAAACAGGGCUGAGAAUUUGUUUCAAACUGGACAAAACCAAAAUACACCACAAUUGGCUGUCACCUUUGAUAAAGUUCAGUUUUUUGAUAGAAAUUGGUGUGCUCUUAUUAAAAGUGUUGAGAAUGUGAAUAACAUUGCAGACAACCUGCUGCAGAAGCAAAUCAUUCAUGAAGAAUUAUAUUUUGAAAUCACACAUCCAACUUCAACCAGUGAAGCCAGCAUGAGGAAGAUCUGCAGCAUAGUGCGUAAAGGUAGUGACACUGUGAAAGAAAUGUUCAUCUGCAUUCUUCUGGAAGAAGAUCCCGACCUUUUAAAUCAUCUGCCUUUACCUGACUCUUAAACUUUUUUGCUUGAUGAUUCUACAUGCUAUUCCUUACGAAAAAGAAGUUUAUUCGCGUAUGCUAUUAGUAUACUUAUUUUAAACAAAAAAUUGGAAAGUAUGCUUUUAGUUUACUUUUUAUGUACUUCUCAGAAAUGGGCUUUAUGUACUCUUCAUAAAUAUACUUAAAAUGUAAUUUAAUUAUACCUGACUUAUACUUACAAAAAUUCUAAUUAUAUUUGAGCUAUAUUCCUAGAAUCAGUGUUUUCAUUAUUAUAUGGUAGAGAGCAUUAAUACACAUCUUCUGUACAGAAUUUCCAAAAAAACACAAGUGAAGAAGAAAACACUAGAUACUAACACAUGUAACACGAUCAUCUGACAUGAAACAGCAUCAGAACUGUAACGUUAUGGAAUAAAAUGACAGAUGAAGAGGUAAUAAUUAUAGUCAAGCUUUGGGGUGUUGAUCGACUCCAUCUAUAUUUUGAUUAUCAUUCUGAAUCCAAUUCAAAGUCUUUUUUCAGCUUUUUGUUCAAAAUAUUAUUU